AAAUAGUUUUGGCAUAAUUUGCUUCACUUUCACAGAUGCUUGACGUGUUUAAAACAGAGACAGGAUGUGUGCUGAGGAAACUGGCUGAGGUGCCAACAUUGUUUCACUCAGUUCAACAAGCAUUAAAAAAAAAAAAGGGAGUCGGAAACGGCAGCAUUUAGCUCGUGUCCUGUAGAGAAGUUUUUCUUUUCCAGACGAAGCUAAGAUGAAGUUCACUGGCUGUUUGGGAAUAAUGGUUUCCAGUUUGAUUCUGUUUGUGGUUUGCUCCUUAACUUUCUUCUCCUGUGUGAGCAGCUGUGAUUACAGCUGUUCAGAUAAACCUGUGAUAACUCCAUCCAGACUGGUGGUGAAGUUCGGUGAUCCAGCCUCUGCUACAUGUGUAGCCUGUCAGCAGGCCUGUCUUCCCCUGGAUGACAGUGUUAUUAGUAUGGAAGCUUCUCUUGGAACUCCUGACAUAAAUGGAACCAAAGUGACCUGGACAGUGGACCGAAUGACUGAGUGGGAAUUAACUCCAAAGUGCUACUAUACUACCUUAGUGCAUCAGUGUUGCACUAGCCUGUCUGUUACUGUCUACAAACCUCCAGAAACUGUGUCCUUCAGCUUAAACCCCUCUGAACCUCUGACUGAGGGUUCAAAGGUCACCCUACAGUGUGAUGUACUGAAUGUCGCUCCUGUUGCAAACCUCACUGUGACCUUUUACAGAGGUCAGACGCCUCUGGAUGAAGUGAAAAGCAACGAUAUUACAGAGAAACCAGUUAGUGAGACAUUUUCUUUGAGCUACAACACCAGAAAAGAAGAUGAUGGAGUUCAGUUCUGGUGUGAAGCGAAGCUGGAACUGGGAGCUGAAGGACCACAGCCCCCUCUAGUGGUGAAGUCAGAGGAGGUCAAUGCUACAGUUUAUUAUGGACCUCAGCUGAAGGUUCCAGCUGAUCCAGCUCCAAUCAGCAUCACCAGAGGAGAACCUCUCCAUUUGACCUGCUUGGCUGAAGGAAACCCCAAACCUCAGUACAGCUGGACGCUGCCGUCCAACAAAGGCCACCGCAGUGGGACCGAUCUGAAAAUCGACUCAGAUGAUGUUCAGGAUGGAGGGCAAUAUGUCUGCACCGUCAGCAACAACGUGAACUCUGUCAUUGUUACAUUUAACGUAACAGUCCAAGCAGAUUCGGAGCCAACCGGUGAUGCUCCCAGUUGGAAACUUCACAGGUUCAUCCUCUGCUUGAUGCUUUUAGUCUCUGCUUCUGUUUAAGUCAGAGUUCAUUAAGAUGCACUGAUAAACUGAGAUCAAUGAAAUCAGCAGUUCUGACUUUCAGGAUGAUCUGUCUGAAGAGAUUUCCUUGUAUAGUUACAUUUUACUUGGCUCAGCUCUUUUUUUUAGAUUUCUCCUAAUUGUGUUAAUAUGUUCUGCAUUCCUAUCCUGUUGCAUGGUUUUGCUUUUUAAACUGUUCAAUGUGUAAGACAGCACUUUUCUGCCACUUAUAAUACAUUUUCGUAUUAGAAGUGAUAUUAGUGUUCUGAUAGCACUACCUGGUUUUUUACAACGUCUCUUUUUAUUUCUCUGGCGUAGCUGUCAGUGUUCUAAUUUUCUGAGUCUGAAUGUUGAGUUUUCAUUAUCUGUCAGACAUAAUCAUCAAAAUAACAAGAAACAAAGGCUUGAAAUAUUCUUGUAAUGUUUCUAAAUAAAAUAUUUUAGCUCCACUUUUUGAGAUGACUGACAAGAAGUAUUGCACUUUUAUGCAAGUUUCUUCAAUUUUUUUAGAUGCACUUGUAGAUCAGGAGGCCAGUUUUAGUUCCAUUUAACAAAAACCACUAAGGUUCAAACUCUAAAUAUCUGCUAAUUCUUUCUACUUACCACAUUCCUUGACACUUCACUAAACUACAGACAUUUCUUUCUGUUGCUGCAUUACAAAGGGCUGCACAAACUUUCUGGUGGUCUUGUUUUUCCCUUCAUGUCUGCUGACACAGUUUGGUUUCAUUUUGAAAAUGACAGCUUCCUGAUAAACAUCCCCAGGAAGUGGAUGUGAACGUCUGUCUCUGGGAUCUGAUGGAUCUGCUGAUAUCUAAUACUGCAUUCACUUUAAUCAUCUAAUUUUCUUCAGCUUGUUUCUGACUAAAAAAACCCCCAUCUGCAUAGAUUAACCAUACUGACUAGAUAUGAGCUUAAUAUCUACACAUUUCAGAUGAUAUUUCAGAUGCUUACAGACUGAGAGCCUGUUAAGCAAAAGCAGGAAAUGUCCAUUUUUUUCAGGGAUAGCAGCAAUUUUAAAAUAAAGUUGCCCUUAAGGUUUAUAAAUUAACAACUUUGUGUUAGGAGAUGGUCUAAUUGAGCAACACUUUCACUUUCACAUUCUGGCCUCUUUCACAUCGAGGUAAAAAGUCAGAGGCCGGAUGUGAGUCCAGGAAGCAGGCUGAGUUCCUGACAUUGUCUCACCCAUGAUGAUCAAAGUUUAAAAACGGAGUGAAAUAUCAACGUUUAGUUUCUGACUCUUAGAGAAGAUUUCCUUUCCAGACCUCAAUAUUUGUUUUUCACAAACUGCUUGGAAAAAUGGUUUCCAGUUUUGUUCUGCUUGCGGCCUCCUUCACCACUUUCUUCUGCUGCGUGAGCAGCUGCGAUUACAGCUGUCCAGAUAAACCUGUGAUAACUCCAUCCAGACUGGUGGUGAAGUUCGGUGAUCCAGCCUCUGCUACAUGUGUAGCCUGUCAGCAGGCCUGUCUUCCCCUGGAUGACAGUGUUAUUAGUAUGGAAGCUUCUCUUGGAACUCCUGACAUAAAUGGAACCAAAGUGACCUGGACAGUGGACCGAAUGACUGAGUGGGAAUUAACUCCAAAGUGCUACUAUUCCACCUUAGUGCAUCAGUGUUGCACUAGCCUGUCUGUUACUGUCUACAAACCUCCAGAAACUGUGUCCUUCAGCUUAAACCCCUCUGAACCUCUGACUGAGGGUUCAAAGGUCACCCUACAGUGUGAUGUACUGAAUGUCGCUCCUGUUGCAAACCUCACUGUGACCUUUUACAGAGGUCAGACGCCUCUGGAUGAAGUGAAAAGCAACGAUAUUACAGAGAAACCAGUUAGUGAGACAUUUUCUUUGAGCUACAACACCAGAAAAGAAGAUGAUGGAGUUCAGUUCUGGUGUGAAGCGAAGCUGGAACUGGGAGCUGAAGGACCACAGCCCCCUCUAGUGGUGAAGUCAGAGGAGGUCAAUGCUACAGUUUAUUAUGGACCUCAGCUGAAGGUUCCAGCUGAUCCAGCUCCAAUCAGCAUCACCAGAGGAGAACCUCUCCAUUUGACCUGCUUGGCUGAAGGAAACCCCAAACCUCAGUACAGCUGGACGCUGCCGUCCAACAAAGGCCACCGCAGUGGGACCGAUCUGAAAAUCGACUCAGAUGAUGUUCAGGAUGGGGGGCAAUAUGUCUGCACCGUCAGCAACAACGUGAACUCUGUCAUUGUUACAUUUAACGUAACAGUCCAAGAAAACUUCAUUCCGUUCAUUAUAGGUGCUGUAGUAGCUGCUGCAGUUGUGGUUUUGAUCGGCUCAGGAAUCUUCUACAGUUUUUAUUACAAACAGAACAAGAUGGGAGAAUACCGACCAACAGACGCUUUCUGUUUGGACACAAUGCAACACACCAGAGUUUCUCUUUGUUAGUAGAUGGGUUCAGUGUUGUGAGAAAGUUACAGGAACUCUUUGUAUCUGGAAUCUGGAGGUCACACUCAGGCUGGCAUGGAUUACAGUUAUUUCCUCUUGACUAUUUGUACUUCGAUGGUAUUUUUGAAUCAUCUUUGUUCCUUUUUUCUCUUUGUCUGCAGAAAACCCCCAACCGCACGAAGUAGGUGGUACAGUAGCUGCUGUAGUUCUGCUUUUGAUCGCUGUUGCCAUUGCAGUUGCCGCUGCAGUCUACA